AUGCUUAGUGAUUAUAGCACACUGAUAGAGUUUAAUAAAAAACCAGUGAGUGAUGAUAUGGUCCGAUAUCUAGUGAAUUUAACAUCAAAGCUGAUAAAAAUACCAACCAAUAAAGCAUGUAAUACAUCAACACCCAAUUUAUCUACUUUUAUCAAAAGAUUGAUCGUGCAAUCCAAUGUUCACACCUCAACAUUAAUGGCUACUGCUGUUUAUUUAGCUAGAUUAAAGAAUAUCAUUGCUAAAGAUGUUUAUGGAAUGGAAACUACGAGACAUAGAAUAUUUCUUGGUUGUCUAAUCUUAGUAUCUAAAACUUUGAAUGAUACCUCACCAAAGAAUAAAUAUUGGGCAGAAUAUACCGGAGGUCUCUUAAAUAUACAAGAGGUUAAUACUAUCGAAAGAGAAUUAUUGAAAUAUUUCAAAUGGGAUAUUAGGAUCGAGACCAAUGAUUUGUUAAAAUCUUUGAAACCAUUACUCGAUAAACAUAAAAUUGAAAUGAUGAAAGAGAAGGAAAAGACCAAUCUAUUGUAUUUUAACGCACCUUUAGCUGUUAGUCCUCGUAAAAAACCAUUUUAUGUGAACAACAAUUUGUCUGAAGAGAUAAAACAUAAAAGGAGAUCUACCUCUCAAGUAUCAAUACCAUCUAUAUCAUCGAAUAGUAUAAAGAGCAGUUUUGGUAACGCGGAUCUAAUAUUUGAGAGAGAGGAGCUAUCAAACCCUUAUACUAUACCACUAACAGAAUCCUUUACAAUAGAAUCAUCCAGAAAUAAUGAUUCAAUAACAAUAUCGAAUAAAGGACAACCUAAUUGGCCCAUAAGAUUUAGAAAAUCAAAUUAUUUGAAAACUGAUAAAUUUGUAAAAUUCAAAAACAGUCUACUGAAGAAGACAUAA